AUGGAUCGGCCGGAGCCUGGACUGGUGAAGUGGUCACCAAACUCAUCUGUCGACAGCUUUGUUCAUAUUAAUUUACAGCACCGCGUUGUACAACUGUAUGAACCCACUGGUCAUGCUAAUAAAAAUCAAUUUGAUUUUUCAAAGCUCAGCCGGCACGAUGAUUUCCCUCCUCUCACGACCUAUGAUUGGUCUCCGGCAGACACCAGCCUGCUAGCUGUCGGCACGAGCUCUGGAAUCAUCAAUCUUUUGAAAAUUGACGACAAUUCUAACGCAUAUGCCGAAAUUGGGUUAAAGAUGGCACGAACUUGCCAGGCAGUUGCGUUCAAUACCGGUGGCCUCCUUGCUGUUGGUCUUGAUCGUGUACGAAUGGAUCAGAGCCUCCACGUCUGGGAUGUCAGUCGCCUCUCUACCCAGGAGGCGCCCAAGAUAGGGUUUCCGAAUGCUGCAUCCACCUUCGUUGACUCUUACACGAGGCUUGAGCCAAGCGUUUCCGUUUCGAGUAUCAAGUUUUUCGAAGAUAGCCCACUCACCCUCGUCGCGGGCAUCAAGGGUCAAGGCGUAAGAAUAUGCGAUCUUCGAGACCCGGGCGGAAACAUCACGUUUCAAACAAAAUGCAACAACAACCUGGCUAUUGACUACGUUGACCAGAAUUUCUUCGCAUCAUCUGCUUUGGAUCAUCCUGGCGUCAUGAUUUGGGAUCGAAGAGCCACAUCCCGACCAGUGGCCUCUCAUUCAUAUAUGCAAGCUGUUGAAGAGGACGAACUGCCAUGGGGAGGAACUCUUCGGCUUGACAAGGUGAUAGAGACUGACUCUGAUCCCUUUUUGACCGAAGGCAAACACUCUCUUGUUCGGUCGCUUCGAUAUUGUCGCGACCGACGUGGAUUACUGGCAGCACUUUCGCCAACAGGGCAGCUGAAAGUUCUGGAAACGACCAAGGAAAUUGUGUCUGCUGGCAUGGCGCCACACGAGGGCCCUGAGUUGCUGCAGGUUCAAAGGUCUCACGAGAUGGAUGUAUCAUAUCGAGAUAACUCUAGACGGAACGACCGAAUCGUCUCAUUUGACUGGGUCACCUUGGAUUCCACAGCCCUACGGCCCAGACUGUUGGUUCUCCGGGCGAACGGUGCCUUUGAUAUCCUAGAGCAACCGUCUCGAACUUCAGACCACGUCUAUAAACUCGUCCCAUGGCAAGCCCCCCAUAGGGGCUUGGAAGAAAAUUCGCCAUAUCUUGACCUGAUGCAGUUUGAACCAACGCAGACAUCAGAGAUUCUGGGGCCUUUGAUCACUGAGCAGGCAUUGUCAGACGUGCCCAUCUUUGGACCAGAAAAGAGCGGCAUAGUGGGACGUAUUAGCAGUGCUUUGAAGGAUAGUGCGUCCGUAUCGGCCACUGUUGAGCAUGUAGAUGAAAUUUCUCGCCCGUUGCCAGAAUCGUUUUUCAACGCCACCUCUAUCACGCAAAAAUUGAAAAGCAUCAGGGCAUAUGUCCGUGACGAACAGGCUGAUCAACAAGCGGAAGACGAGCAACAUGCUCAAGAAAAUGGCCCCAAACAUCUAGACAACAGGCCUAAUGAAAUAUCCUUGGCUUCAAACAGCUUGGUAUCCUGUCGAGAGAUACAUGAAGCCCUGCUCGGCACCCUGGCGACGGUGAAAGGUCUACCGAGGGAGGCGCAAUGUGUGGUUGACCAUUCAAUGCUCCUCCGAGCAAAGGAGAAGUAUCUCUUUGACGCGGCUACCAAUCGGACCGUAUUAUCUGACGAUUCCUGGCGAAGGUUUCUCUGGGACUGGGUAGCAGAUGCCGAAAUGGCCGCUGAUGACGGAGGCAUGCUCCUCGGGAACAUGGAUCUCAGCUACCUUGGUGUUCAUUCUAUAUGGACAAACGAUCUCGGCAAAAACUCUAUCACCCGUCUCGCACCUGGCGCCGCCAUCCCCGAUCCCUCCCACUGGGAACGCGUCAUCGGUCAGUUCUGCAAGAAACGCCGUCUCCCCAAAUUCGACGGCGCUCCCACCAAGAAACCCUUCCAUCGUCAACUCUGCCUCGAAAUCUGCAGCUGGGGCGACCCCCAGCGCCACGACCCCAACGGCGUUGAUCGCGAAGCUGACCCUGAAUAUCCCACCGCCAUCCACACCAUGGUCGCUUCACGCGCUCUCUUCCGCGGUGACACCGAACAAGCCAUCUCCAUCCUCAAAAAAGCCAGCGCCGUCCACCCCGAACUUCUCUUCGUCUCCCUGUCCCUCCAGCUCCUGGGCCGAGGCGGCAAGCACCUCCCCAAAGAACACCUCGAGCUCGACGACGCCGUGGCAUCCAAAACAGACCCCUACCUCCGCGCCAUCUCCUCCCUCAUCGCAACAGGAGACUGGAGUUCCAUUGCGAACCAGCGCUCCCUCCCGCUUACAGAUCGUGCUGUCGUCGCCGUACGAAACUUUGACGACAACCAGCUCACCAAAUGGCUCGAGGAGAACGUCUCCCUCGCCAUAGAGGACGGCGACAUAGAGGGCAUUGCACUCACAGGUAUUACGGACAAGCUAGUUGAUAUAUUCGCUCGCUAUGUCCAGAAAUUCCAUGACGUCCAAACAGCGACGCUGGUUCUGUCCAUCGCAUACCCCCGCUACAUAGACGACAUCCGGUGCCGAGCCUGGCGCAACGCCUACAGAGCCCACCUCCAACGACACAGACUCUUCUUCCAGCGUACAAAGUUUGAAGUCGAGUCUACCAAACGUUCCAAGCGCGAUGGCGUGCCGACCCUCAAGCCCCCGUCACGCCAAAUCGCCCUCCGGUGCGUCUACUGCGAUGCCGAGACGUCCCUUGCGAAUCAGGGCGUCGCACCACCGACAUCCAACCCGACAUUGGAGACCCGAAACCCCUUGUUGGCAACGAGUAUCAGUUCUGGAAUUAGCUGUCCUAACUGUGGAAGGCAUCUGCCCCGAUGUGUGGUCUGCUUGGAAGUUGUAGGCGUCCCGCGGUCGGAUAAGCCCGAAGAGAAGGAGUCUACACGCAUGGCAGGACGGUUUCCUACGUUUUGUCUACGUUGCGACCAUGUUCUUCACUUGGAUCAUGCGAGGCAAUGGUUUGCAAGACACGUCGAGUGUCCUGUGCCCGAGUGUAGGUGCAUGUGUAAUUUCAGGGCUAAUCCCGAACUGAGUUAUCAUUGA